AUGAAAAUACAAUAAAUAUUUCUUCUAUAUCUAUUUUGCACUUGUUGUAGUGUCUAUGCUUUAAGCUAAUGUAAGUGCACUAUAGAUUCUUCUCCUUUCCCUGGAUCUGUAAGUUCUGUACCUACUGCUCUAGCUCUUUCUCCUGAAGAUGAAUAUUCAGAAAUGAAAAAUAUAGGAAAACUGAUUGCAGUUGGCUCAAUAUAAAUUCUUUAACAGACUUUCUAAGUUUAGCAAAAAUCAAACAUCAAUUUAUAGCAUAACUGCCCUGCAGGCUACACUCCAGUCACUCAAGAUGAUCUUAAAGCAAUAAUCGCUAGACCAGAUUAUAGUACUUUGAUAGGAUCUGAUUAUCUAAAACUUGAUUUUUCUAACAAUACCUACUAUUCAUAAACUAAGGUAUACCCUUCGAGUACAAAAGGCAGUGAUAGUAAAUCUUUUAAGUACUACACUUUGUCUGUAGACUCGAAAGGUAAGCCUAAUAUCAAUUAUGAAAGUACUUACUUUGACACUAAGACAAAAUUAACUAUUUGCAAAAGAAAUUUAUAAUAAUUCCCAGUUUAACUAGCAGGAUACGAAGGAUAUGAUCUAGAAAAAGGAAAAUCUUACUAGUUCUAAAUUAUCAAUAAAAAUGUUUAAGCAUACUAUGUUUCUGAUAGCAAUAAUAACACUUACACUACUUCAACUUUCACUUAUACUCAUAAUGGGAAUUCUUAAUGGGGAUGUGCUACUAUUAACUUUAAGCUUUAGGUUUUUGGAGGAGUAACUGUUGGUGAUUGUCUUACUAUUUGGACUAAAAACUAAAUUGCUUUUAAUGCAGACUCUAGCAGUUUUAAUAUUAAUACAAUUUAGGGCACAGUAUUAUCUGGAGUUAAAGCUAACAUGACUGAAGAUUUGUUCUUUAGCCAUGGUUCUGCACCCAUAGCACCUAUUAUAGGAGAUUCAAGCUCCUUUUAUGUAUACUAUUCAAAUUUAAACUCAAGCUAGCUUAUGGUUUAAAAGGUUUCUAGCUAAGGAACACCUCUUGGAUCUGCAAUAGAUACAAAGUAAGUUGGUUACCCAUUUGAUAUUGUUACUACUGAUUUUGGUUUUGUUGUUAUGGCUGGAGAUUCUAAUUAAAGGGCAUUUAUCUAAGCAAUCAAUAAAGAUGGAUCCUAAAGAUGGCUAAGAAUAUUAGUGGAUAAUGGAAUAAAUGCUGUUAGUCCUCUUGAUUAAAUUAAAUUUUAUUAAAGUGAUAAAUGUGAUUUACCUUCAGGUAUGACACUCAUGUAUGAUCCUGAAAAUGGUAGACUUAAUUAUGCCAGAGGAAAAAUUUAAGCAAUAUGGGCUCAUUAUAAUCACUUUGGUUAUUAUAGUAAUGGAGAGAGAGAUGAUCAUACUGGAGACACAAUGAUCAGCUUAGAUGCAGAUACUGGCUUAGAUUAAAAUAUCUUUUGGGCUUGGGGAGCUUCUCAUUCUUUAUACUAAAAUCUACACUACGAUGGAAAGAAUCUGUAUGUUGCUUCACUUGGAGAUGCAUAUCCCAUGAAUAUUAAAUUUAAUAUUUGUAAUAUUGAUACUUAUUAAUGUGUGAGUAGUACUAAUUUAGUAUAAGGGGAUAUUCCUGGAGAUGGUAGUGGUAAUUCUGCUGGUAGAUAAGGUAGUUUCAUUGAUAUAGUAGGAAAUAGAAAUCAAAAGCUAUUUAUAUACUCAAGAAAAGAUUGUACAGGCGGAUACGAUGAUAUAUCUUCGGAAAAUUCUAUCAAUGAGCUGGCUGUUAUAAAAUUUGAUUCAUAGCUAAAAUACAUUUCUACAACCACAUUGAUUAGUGGAGAUGAUGCUGCUAGAAUAAACAACAUUAAAACAGUUCCAUAUGGUAAAAACAUUUUACUAGCUUACACCAUGAUCCCAUCUUCUGAUGUUUAAAAUUUCAAUCGCUAAAAUAUAAUACCUACUGAAGAAUAGACUUAUGUAGCUUUGCUCAGUGGAGUUGAUGGUUCUAUUUUAGUGCAACCUGCAUAAUUAUAGAAUUACUAAAUAAGCGCCUCAGAUGAUUGGAGAGUUCUUGAAAAUGGAAGUAUCGCUUACACAUAUGUGGAUAGUGAUUACAAUUUAAAUAUUUACUUAACUCCUGCUUUAACUACACCAAGUUAUCCAAAUCUAAUUGUUACAACUGAUCCUAUUUAUGGAUUUGAUAAGUUUACUAAUUAGAAAGCUACUGUGCCUUUAAAUAACUAUAAUAAUAAAUGUGUUACUGAUUAGAAUAAUUUUAAUUGGGUUAGCAUUAAAUCUACUUCAAAAAAUAUUAAUAGCAUUGAUAUUGGUAAUCAAAAUUAAGAUGCAAAUAUUCAUAGCAACGAAACUAGUUCAAAAACAAUAAAAAGUUUAUGUUUAACUUUAUUAAUAAUUGUUUUAUGUGCUUGA